AUGACUUGCAAUCACUCCGACAUCUCAUUGCUCUUGAGAUCUUUGUGGCAUCUGCCGUUGAGGCAACCUACUCAACAGGAGCCCCCUCAGGGGCCUCAAGAUUCUGCAUCUCCACAGAGAAAGUCGCCAUCCGCCGAAAAUUCUACACUACAGAACGAAAAGCCAUCGAUUCCACUGCAAUCAGAUACGGAAGCAACAUUCAAGACGGCGAAAAACUCGGUUGACUCUCUGAUUGGUCUUUUUGAAGCUAGAGAAAGCCUCAACAAGGAUCCUCCGUAUCAUCACCAACGCGCUCCUACUCAACCGUCGCCAUACCUACGAGAACGCUAUUCCUCUGCUCUCUCUUCGCAAAAGCAGUCCUCGACUGAAUAUCAUCCCGAGCCAUUCGUCAAAAGACCAAGUCUAAAACCCGGAUUGACACAACGCCUUGAACAGAUCCUGGUCAAAAGACAGACUCAAUCUCUGACAGCUUCCAGCGGCCGAGCCUCGACCAUUCGAGUCAUCAAAGCAAGAAAGCCUCGGAUCCGCGUCGUAACUUCAGGUCGGUCGGUCUCUAUCAUUUUCCCAGAAGGUAUCAAGUUGCCAAUCAUUGCAACUAUUCGACCUGCCCGAUCAUUUGACAGUCAAAUGUCACGAGAUUCAUCACCACAGGGAAGUGAGUCGAAUCAUUCCCCCCAUACUACUUCUGUCGGUGAGCCCGGCUCUUCGACAAAGCAUCAGCAAGUAUCAAAAUUUAGUCCAAAGUCGGAAGAAGCCAGGACUCCUGGUGAGACACAAGCCCUUACCUCAGACUUCAGCUUCCCGUUCUUGGCAAGAGUUAGCAAAGGACGACUCAAUAUCUCUGAAGCAUCAGUACCCCCUCCUACAGGCUCAGAUAUUUCGGCAGCUGGAGAAGUAUUUAUUCCAGCUCAUGACCAUCCCAGUGAAUGGGAGAACAAGAAAUUUCGGCCUACUGAGCUUGGCAACGAGGGUAUUAUACACAAAGUCGAACAUAGUGAGACAAGAAGUGAGCCUUCCACUCCACAAAACCCACCUGGAGGCGACGGUCACGAAGCCAACACUCAUCAGGAACUAUCAAGAGACGAGACAGUUCCUCCACCUGAGCACGGCCAGAAGUCAAGCGGCCGGCCCCAGCCCAACGUCUUCGGAGAGAUUAUUGAACCAAUCCCCGAGAUCAGAAUAACAAGGCCAAGUACACCCAUAGUCAUGAUGGCAACCUCUCUUGGUACCUCCGUUGUUGCACCCGCCACAAGGUGUGCGGCAAUUACGCCAGCCAAUGUUCUUUCCCUUGACCCAGAAUCUGUGGUCGGCGCGGUGCCUGUGAGCGCUCUGACCAGCACACUUGCGCUACCAGUACCAUUGCCUCUGCCUGGACUGGCCACGGGAGGCAAAAAGAAGGCCAAAGUAAAGAAUCUUAUUGGUUUCGUGAGAAAACAUCUGCUCCGAAAACGACUACUUGCUCUGGUCCUUGGUCGUCCAGUGGCAAAUAUCGUUCAUCCUCUUCUUUCUCAGGCUGGCAAUCUAGCAGGUGCUCUUCCACUGCCAGUAGACGGAGCCUCUGAUUCUCAAGAAGGAUAUACCUGCCGUCAGCAAUGGAAUCCUAUCGCACAACCACAACGUCUGACGAAUCGACUCAAGUCUUACCGAAUCAAAAUAUCUGCGAAGAAAUCGAAGACUACUGCUGAAAAGGGACCGUCCAAGUAUAGAACUGCUUAA